UUACUUCCGGCAUUUCCGGAUUUUCAACAAGAUUUAAAUUGAGUCAUCAAACAUACCAUUUAUUUUGAAUCAUUCACCUGCCAACAACGUAUUUAGAUCCGGAUAUCAAAGCAUAAAAAAGGUGGACUAUUUCUGUGAAGAUGGAUGAGCGUGAUUCAAAGCCCAACAGUCAGGACCAGAACAACACAGACGCAUUAACUCAACAAGUGGGACAAGUCAAUAUGGGAGACACAAUAGAUGGAAGAAACACGACACAGAUGAUGGCAGGUCUUCGUGUCUCAAAUAAUGAAGAUGUAAACAAUGAAGAUAGGUAUAAUAUGAAACACCCACGACGUGGUAUGGCAGUUAUUAUAAACAACAGAUCCUUCCAGUCUAGCACUGGGAUGAAUGAACGCAAUGGCACAGACGUUGAUGCCUCUAAUAUAUUUCAAAGAUUGAAUGAUCUUGGAUUUGAGGUGAUUAUUAAGACCAAUCAAACCACACGACAAAUGGUAGACCUCAUGUCGAAAGCUGGCAAAAUGAACCAUUCAGAUGCUGACUGUUUUGCUUGCGUAAUUCUGAGUCACGGAGAAGAAGGAGUCGUCUAUGGGACAGAUGGUGUUGUCCCCAUUGAGAAACUUACAGAGCCUUUCAAGGGCAACAAGUGUGAAUCCCUCAGAGGCAAACCUAAGAUGUUUUUCAUACAGGCAUGUCGAGGCCAGAAGUUUGAUGAAGGUGUAGAAACAACUGAUGAUGAUGGGGAGGGCCUAGAUGAAACAGAUGCUAACACUGUGCAUAGGAUUCCUGCUGAGGCUGACUUCUUAAUGGCGUACUCAGUAGUUCCAGGUUAUUUCUCAUGGAGGAACUCAACCAGGGGGUCGUGGUUCAUCCAGGCUCUAUGUUCUGUUCUAGAAAAAUAUGGCGAAAAUCCAGAUUAUGACAUCCUCCGAAUCAUGACCAGGGUCAACAGGAUGGUGGCUUACGAUUUCGAAUCCAGGGCAGCUCGUGAAUUCAUGAAUCGCAAAAAACAAAUCCCGUCAAUAGUUUCUAUGCUUACUAAAGAGAUGUAUUUCACCCCAAGGACUGGUUGAUUGCCUUUAAUCAUUAAUAAUUGUGUAUAUUGACUAAAACAAUCAAGAUCUUAAACAGGAGCAGGGUUUUAUCGACCUGGUAUGUGAUAUUCUAAGAUGCUAGGUCUCACUUCAAAUUAACAACUAGGAAACAACGAUAAUAAAUGGAUGAACUGUUCCUGGUUCAAAAUUUGUAAUGUCAAGCAAUCAUGACAGUGAUCUCCCCAGUAUAAGUGCAACUUUGUGCCACACCCUGCUGAUUUCAAAAUUACACGUUAUCUGUCAAGGGUUUCUUUGCACCAUUUUAAAAUGAUAGAAUAUUCACAUAUUUGACCAAAAUAGGCAAGAUCAGGAUUUAGAAUCCAGUUCCCAGAACCCCGAAAACUUAUGGAGAUAAUUUCAUGCUAAAUCCAAUUGUUGUUUACAUGUAAACAAGGUCCCAACUGUGAUUGUUUUGUAAAUAAUUUCUAUUUGAAAUAUUUUUGUAAAGCUGUGUAUAUUUAAUGCUGCAAUCUUUUAAAAGUGAAAAAAAAGAAAAUAAACUGUAUAUCAUCACAGGUUCUAUCAAGACCCCAUUCUACUGCGAGAUUCCUUGGGGUGUUAUCAACUCAUCCGAGAUGAAUAAGUACUAGGAGCUUGCACGUCUCGAACUCAAGAACUCAUUACAGUGACAGUGCUUUGAGCGUUACUAACAUAUUAUUGUAUAUGUGUAGCCCCUCACAUUAGCUUCUGCAAGCAAAUAAUAUGAUGGGUUCUGGAUGGUGCCUAUUGUAUAUGCUACAUAGAUAUCCUUGCUAUAGAAAACAGGGUUUUUAGAGAGCUUGAGAGGAUCAGAUCACUUAUAUUUCUAGGACAAUCAGACAUUGUUAAUUAUAAAAAUACAGCUUUUUGAAGUGCAAUGAUCACAUAAACAGUCUAGCCUAUUUGAGGAAUCUUUAUUUUUUGUGAUCUAUCUAAUAGUCAU